AUGAUGGAUGAACGUGAUAAAAUAAUUAUUGCUGUAGUUUUUAGUAUUAUUGGUUUUAUAUUAAUUAUUAUAAUUAUUUGUUUUAUAAUUUGGUUUAUUUAUCGUCGUAAAUCAAAUAUAAUAAAUUAUGAUAAGAAUAUUUUUAUAUCACAUCAACAAUCAUAUGAACAUUCACAAAAUAUAUUAAUAAAUAAAUAUAAUAGUAAAAAACAAAAAUUUAAUACAAAUGAUUCAUCAAUAUCAUUAUCAUUUAAUACACCACAUUUAAUUAAUCAAAAUGUAAAAAAUUUAGAUAAAUUACUUUCUUUUGAUUCUUUAUCAACAAUUAAUAUGUGGCAUCGUCAAGAUACAUUACCAAUAAUAAAAACAAAUCAUUUUGAUCCUUCUAAUCCAACAAAUGAAUCUAUAUAUAUGUCAUCAUCAUCAUCAUCAUCUCUAUCUAUACCGAUACAUAAUCAAAUUACAGAUAUUCAAUCUUAUCAACAAUUAAAUACUUUACAUUUUCAUAUAUUAAAUGAACUUAAUCAUAAUCUAUGUUUAAAACAAGAACAAAAACCAAUUAAUCUUUUAAGAUAUUCUCAAAAUUAUUGUCAAACAAAUGAUCAAUUAUCAUUUGAUUAUAAUCAUUCAAUAACACCAUCAUUUAUGAGAAUAAAUGAAAAUCUACUAGAAACAAAUAAAUAUUCAAAUACAACUUUAAUACAUAAAGCAAAUAUAGCACAAUUAAGAGAUGAUACUGCUAUUUUGUAUUAA